AUGGAUUUUCCUGGCCUAGGGGCCCUGGGAGCCUCAGAACCCCUGCCACAGUUUGUGGAUUCUACCCUGGUGUCACCACCAGAUUCAGGAGGGUUCUUCUCCUCAGGGCCUGAGGGUUUGGAUGCAGCAGCUUCCUCCACUUCCCCAAGCGCAGGCACGGCUGCAGCCACUGCGCUGGCCUACUACAGGGACACGGAGGCCUACAGACACUCCCCAGUCUUUCAGGUGUACCCGCUUCUCAACUGUAUGGAGGGAAUCCCAGGAGGCUCACCUUAUGCUAGCUGGGCCUACAGCAAGACGGGGCUGUACCCUGCUUCAACUGUGUGCCCUAGCCACGAGGAUGGCCCUCCCCAGGCCCUGGAAGACCCUGAUGGGAAAAGCAGCACCACCUUCUUGGAAACCUUGAAGACAGAGCGACUGAGUCCAGACCUCCUGACCCUGGGGACUGCACUGCCAGCAUCGGUGCCUGUUAACAGCAGUGCUUAUGCGGGACCUGACUUUCCCGGUCCUUUCUUUUCUCCCACGGGGAGCCCUCUCGGUUCUGCAGCCUAUUCUUCCCCCAAGUUUCACGGAAGCCUCCCCUUGGCCCCUUGUGAGGCCAGAGAGUGUGUGAACUGUGGAGCAACAGCCACUCCACUGUGGCGAAGGGACAGAACAGGCCACUACCUGUGCAAUGCCUGCGGUCUGUAUCACAAGAUGAACGGCCAGAACCGGCCUCUCAUCCGACCCAAGAAGCGACUGAUUGUCAGCAAACGGGCAGGCACUCAGUGCACUAACUGCCAAACGACCACCACAACCCUCUGGCGGAGAAAUGCCAGUGGAGAUCCCGUGUGCAAUGCCUGUGGCCUCUACUACAAGCUACACCAGGUAAACCGACCAUUGACCAUGCGGAAGGAUGGAAUUCAGACUAGGAACCGCAAGGCCUCUGGAAAAGGGAAAAAGAAGCGGGGCUCAAGUCUGGGAGGAGCAGGAGCAGCUGAAGGGCCAGCUGGUGGCUUCAUGGUGGUAGCUGGUGGCAGUAGUGGUGGGAAUUGUGGGGAGGUGGCCUCAGGCUUGACACUGGGCACCACAGGUACUGCCCAUCUCUACCAGGGCCUGGGACCUGUGGUGCUAUCAGGACCUGUCAGCCAUCUUAUGCCUUUCUCUGGACCUCUGCUGGGAUCACCCGCAGCCUCUUUCCCCACAGGUCCUAUGCCACCUACCACCAGCACCACUGUAGUGGCUCCCCUCAGUUCUUGAAGGUACACAAAAUGGCCUAGGCCUUGUUGGCAGA